GCGUCUUAUCCAAAAAGAGACGGGGACGCGCAGCAUGGCGACGACCUUCGAUCCCAUGCAUGGCAAACUCACGUUCAGUGGGCUCGACGAAGCGGUCGCUGUCUUCCGCAAGCGCCCGGACGACUGCCCCCUCGGUCCGCUCCUCAUCGGUACUGCGAUCCCGCUCCAGGCGUGGCUCCAGAGCUGGCUUCGUCAAGACUUCAAGUUUGUUAGCUUCUCCGAGGUCUUUCUCGGUCCACUCAAAGCUCCAUCGACCACAGCCGACGUGUACAUCGACAAGAUGGCGGAAGGUCCUACGCAUCGGGUCGUUGUCGACGAGAUCAUUCGACAGAUCGCCACCUACUCCAUCGCAACGGGCGAGAUCACGGAAGACGAGCUCUGCGCUACCCGGACGCCCAGCUCGCCCCAAUUCAGCUCGUGCCGGCCGAUGGCGACCUUCGCGUGCCACGAUUUGUCGUCGAAGUCGACCAUCGGCACCUCGGUCUUCCGAGAGCGAUUCUGCGCGCAGAGCACGCAACCUUGA